CAAACAUUUUCUACUUCAAUAUCAUCACUGAUAAUCAUAAGUAGUGUUUAAAGAUAAGACAUUAAGAUGGAAUAUACAAAUCAAUCUACUCCUUUCUUCAAUGGUGGUUUUCCUGGAUUCAUCUACCAAUCUCAUCACAGUCUAACUGGAUUUGCAAGUUAUCCACAUGUUUACAAAAGUACUACAAAUCAACCGUUGAGUGACAAGGCCAAGGCUUUCACUAUUGAUGCUCUGUUAGGAGGAGAACAAGAAAAAAAGAAAGUCAAGACACAACAACAGUAUGCUGGCUGUAGUCAAAUAUCUAAAGAUCUGCCCAGCUUUGGAAAUAUUUCACCUGUGAAGACACAAGGUACAUCAAUAAAACAAGAGCCUAGGAUGAGAAUAGCAGACAACCAAGUAACAAUAAGAAGCCAUACAAACAGUUAUCUGCCCUUGAAAACUGAAGAUGGAUCUGAAAGUCACAUGCUUCCUUACAAAAACUUUCUUCCUGUUGCACCAUAUUUCAGUCCAAUGAUGACUGGUGGACUUUUGAGAGCUGGGGAAUGUUACAGCCCAAUGACAAACGAAGGUCAAGGAACACCUGCAGGACUAAAAUGUAUGUACAAGACUCCUGUCAACUCACUAAAGAGAUGCAUUGACAUAAACAACAGUAACUUAUCUACACCAGAGUCAAAGAAUACCAGUUUAUUAUCAUCAGAUGGAUAUUUCAGCCCAAAUGAUCAAGGUUAUGUUUCCUGUUUUGGAGGUAGGAAAGUUAUGUCUUCUGUCAGCAGACGACAUGAUAGACCACACCCAUAUUUGUCAUCAAGACAAAAUAUGACAACACCUGAUAAAACUGAAUCAAAACUACCAGCACCCUUUCUAUCAGAAACCCAACAACACACAGGAGGAAAGUCAGCUAAAGGAAAGAGAAACAGAACAGCAUUUACAGCAGUACAGUUACAUGCUCUGGAAAUGGAAUUCACAAAACAACAAUACCUAGUAGGAGAGGAAAGAAUUGAAUUUGCAGCAUCCCUCAACCUGACUGUAUUGCAAGUUAAAGUCUGGUUCCAAAAUAGAAGAAUCAAAUGGAGAAAGGAACAGUUGGAACAGGGAACAUUCAACUGAAUAAAACCAAAAGUCAGAUGUACUACAAAUACAUGGCGUCCAAGCCCUGGAAAAGUUCAUAUCAAAGAUAUGGAGAACUGAAAUAUAUUCAGUACACAAAUGAGGAUCACAGCUACAAAGAAGGAUUACAUGACCAAGGUAACAGGAUAUAUGAACUUUGAAGUCUAUCUUAUGAAAAAGUGGCGGAGUGUAUACAGUAGCAUCAAGUUA